UCGGAUGAUUUGAAGAUGAAGAUGUGGAUGUUUCUCCUCCUCCUGGGAACAGGCCCACAUGGCGCGGCCGCACUGACUCACUCUCUGAAGUAUUUCUACACUUCGUCUUCUGGAGUCCCAAACUUCCCAGUUGUGAUUGUUGGGUUGGUUGAUGAAGUUCAGAUGUAUCACUAUGACAGUAACACCAAGAGAGCAGAACCCAAACAGGACUGGAUGAGCAGAGUCAUAGAAGAUGAUCCUCAGUACUGGGACAGGAACACUGAGGAUCUGGUGAAUGACCAGCAGGUCGACAAAAACAACAUUGAAGUUGCAAAGCAGCGCUUCAACCAAACUGGAGGUGUCCACAUCUUCCAGUGGAUGUACGGCUGUGAAUGGGACGAUGAGACCGAUGAUGUUAAAGGUUAUGAACAGUAUGGUUAUGAUGGAGAAGACUUCAUAUCAUUUGACCUGAAGACAGAAACAUGGAUCGCUCCAGAACAACAGGCUGUCAUCUCCAAACACAAGUGGGAUCAUAACAAAGCUUUAAUAGCACAGAAGAAACACUACCUCACCCAGGUGUGUCCUGAGUGGCUGAAGAAGUAUGUGCACUAUGGGAGCAGCUCUCUGCUGAGAUCAGACCUCCCCUCAGUGUCUCUCCUCCAGAAGUCUCCCUCCUCUCCAGUCAGCUGCCACGCUACAGGUUUCUACCCUCGCAGAGCCGAGAUGUUCUGGAGGAAAGAUGGAGAGGAGCUUCAUGAGAACGUGGAGCGCGGAGAGAUCCUCCCCAACCACGACGGAUCCUUCCAGAUGAGUGUUGACCUGAACGUUUCAUCAGUCCCAGCUGAAGACUGGAGGAGGUACGACUGUGUGUUUCAGCUCUAUGGUGUGAAGCACGACAUCACCACCAGACUGGACAAAGCAGCGAUCAGGAGCAACGAAGAGAAGCUCGUCAUCAUUUACAUCCUUGUUGCUGUGGCGGCUCUCGCUCUCGUCGUCCUCGCUGUGAUUGGAUUCAUGUGCUACAAAAAGAAGAAUGCCAAAUGCCCUCCGUCUCCUGACAGCAGAUCUGAGGCCUCUGAGAAACUGAAUCCAGACUCUCAGUGAUGAACACAGCAGCCUGCACACAGUGAGGUUCUUGGUUAAAUAUUGCCCUGGAUCAAGGAGCUGUGCCCCCACCUUCUCCUCCGUAAGCUGGGAAUCCUUUGGUUAUUCAUCAUCAUAUCAUAAACUCAUCAUAUUGGGGUUUGUAAUCUAUUAGUAGAUGCUCAUUGAUUACAGAGAAAACUAAUUAGAAAAGUUGUUAACAAAUAUUUUACAAAUCCAAAUGUCAUCAAAUUAUUUGGAUAAUUUAGUUUGACAUAAAAGAAGUGGUAUUUAUUCUGAUAAUUCUUGUUUUGCUUGGUAAAUCAAAUAAAGAUGAUAAUUUUUUUCUCAUGUGAAGAGAAGCAAAACACAAUAUUAAACAUGUCUGCUGUUGGGCUUUUCUUGUAAAAUCAAUAUUGGUAAGACAAAUGUAAAUAUACACAUAAACA